AUGGGCGCCGUUCACGUCCUUGACGACUAUUACCUCGCAAUCACGCUGCUCAUCACCAUUGGAUACCAGCUCUUCUUCUUCGCAAUCGCCUUCAGCUUCAAAUUCGAUAAAUUGACCGAUUUCGCCGGCGGCACCAAUUUUGUGGUCCUUGCCAUUCUUACACUCGCAUUCAGCGAAAACAGAGGCGAUGCGCGCAAUAUUGUGGUCUCCAUGUUCAUCAUCGCCUGGGGUGCGAGAUUGAGUGGAUUCCUACUCUUCAGGAUCCUGAAAACGGGCAAAGAUGACCGCUUCGACGACAAGCGCGAUAAGUUCUGGUCUUUCUUGGGCUUCUGGGUAUUUCAAAUGUUUUGGGUGUGGACUGUUUCGCUGCCAGUGACGAUCCUCAAUUCGCCCAAUGUGACGCGCUUUCCUCAACCGAGCUUUGGCACAGGUCGCGACAUUGCGGGUGUGGUGCUGUGGUCUAUUGGCUUCAUCAUGGAAAGUGUCUCGGAUAUUCAGAAAUACAGGUUCCGCAGCGCUCACGGAAGUGAUGGCGCGGUCUGUGAUGUUGGUUUCUUCGCAUGGACGAGGCACCCCAACUACUUUGGGGAGAUCAUCAUUCAAUUCGGUAUCUUCACCAUCGCCGUCUCGCCAGCAGCAGAAGGCUACGUAACUGGCGGUGCCCAUUCGGCGCUCUACGCCUCAAUCCUCGGUGCCUUCUUCCUCACCACGCUACUCAUGUUUGUGUCUGGCCUGACGCUACAGGAGCGUCCCGGAGCGAAGAAGAGAUACGAAAAGGGCAACAACUGGCCGGCCUACGAGAAGUAUUUGCACCGAACCAGUAUCCUCAUUCCGUUCCCGCCUCAACUGUACGCAAGGAUGCCAGUCUUUUUGAAACGGACCAUAUUUUUGGAAUUCCCAAUCUAUGUGUUUGAUCCUGCGAAACAUGCGGAUCAGGAUAAGGUUAGGGCUAGAGAAGCGGAAGAAGGGCAGACUAGGAGGAGUGAUGAAGAGGGUCUCAGGUCCUGA